AUGACAGAGCUCAGAGAGCCAUUUGACAUUAAUAAAACCAGCAAAGAAUGGGGAAGUCCAGAGGGCAAAACCCAGAGAGUCCAGACUCCGUCCACCAUCUGCGACAAAGACAAGUUUACUUCUGCAUGCCCUCUGAACCUGGUGUAUAUCCUGAACGACAACAUUUUGUUAGGCAAGGUGUUCAUGGUAGGGAGUCUAGAAACACAUCUGCUUGCGUGGAUGGUCUAUACAAGAAUUGUGGCGGCAGGACUGGACUUUCUGGACAUGGCAGCGAUACUGAUAACGGCCUUUGAAGCUCAUCAGGCAUUGUCACGAGCAAUGCCAGCAGCCAUGGCGACAUCCCUGGGUAUGACCAAACCAGUUGCGUCGUCACAAUCCUGGUCCUUUGCAGCAUCAAGAUGGAUGGCAGUACCAGAGUUGUCAAUGGCUGCUGCCGUGGGGUCAUUGGCUAUUGUUGAAGCUCAGCUGUCUGUGGAUUUUCAUCCCGGACAGGUGUUGUUGCGAGCAGCACCAGCAGCCAUGGCGGCAUCUCUGGGUAUGACCGAACCAGUUGCGGCGUCACAAUCUCGUUCGUUUGCGGCAUCCAGGCAAACAGCGGUACCGGAGUCAAUGGCUGCUGCCAUGGGGUCGCUGGCUGUGACUAGAUGGCCUGCAACAUUGGCAGUGUCAAGGUGGAUGUUGCAGAUGCAGCAUGAAUCUGCCACUGCGCAGCUGAGCCAUAUUAAGCAGUCGAUGUUCCUGGUUGCCAGAAUGUGCAACCUCGAGCUUGCGGAACGUGGUCUCUCUUCUCUCUUGCACAAUGACUUUGGUUUGCAAUGUCUGGCACUGAAACUCUGCGCAGUUAUGAAAUGUGUUUACGGCACAGAGUAUCUGCUAUCAAUGACUCACGCCCAGUACCUGGAAACGUUCGGAAUCGACCAGUAUAUCGGCCACCUUUACAACACAAGGCAGCACGGAUUCUUCAGGGUCUUGCAGCAAAGGACCGAUAUUGCCAAUGAUUCGAGACUGCCAAGACCAUGCCUUGUUGUUGCCAUCUUGCUUGAAGGAAAUGAGAUUUCACCAAUCACUUUCUACUACACACACACAACUAUCUAUCAUGCCUCUUCGCUACCCAUGCUGCUCUAUGUGCUCCAACUUGAGGACGGAAAAUGCCAAAAGUGCGCCAAAUUCUCACAGUUGACAUCUACACCGGAGAUAAAUGCAAUUGAGGCGUGGAAACAGUGCAAGCAAUGUGGAUGUGCAUACCCACAUUUGCAAAACACUGCUAACAUAGACAAUGUAGGAUACACUGAGAAUGACACUAUGGAUGCUGCUACAUCUGCUGCGAGUAGGGCUCAAGUGUACCAACAUCAAGCUUUCGAGCACCGCCUCAAUUGGCCUCAGAACCCCAGUAUCAAGAAUGCAAUGGAGAUCAAUAUCCGAAGGGCUCAACAGUCUCAGCUCAGAAAGGAGGCUUCUAUUGUCAUACUUGUCAAGGACUUCCGUGUUUUUCGGGACUUGGAUAAGAAUAAGUCCACCCGGGAAGAGAACCCGUCAGAGGAUGAUGAUGACGGAGUGGUUCUUAUUUUGCAUACCAAGCCAUCCAGACCUACAAGGUCGUGGAAGAGUCACGCUCAACGUCCAAGGACAGCUUGGUCAUCUGCCAGAUCUGCACCCUCCUCUGCCCUUGAUAAGAGCGAUCACAAUAACAACCCUACCUCUGCACAAACUACCACCACCAAACGGGCUCACCCAACGGUGGCACGUCAUGGAUACCUGGGAACUGGGUCAUGCAAAGAUGUGUUCCUGGGAUUGUAUCACAACCACCGCAUGGCAGUAGUGCAGCUCAAGCCUGUGGCUGACAGUAGCUUCACCUCUGAGUUUGACAACGAGAAUGACCUGAAGCAUGAACUCAAGCUCCUGGCGCUGAGUUCUUAUUUUGCAGCCUUGUUCAAGAUACGAGCUGACCAGGUUAACACAAUUGGCCCUAGGCCUGAAGACCUUGAUAACGACAACCGUCCCCUGUGCCACAAGACCUUCCUAGUAAUGCCAUUGCUGGACUUGGACGACAAAUUGUGGUGUGAGAGGAAGUUCUCUGGUCACAACAUGCCAGGCAACAGCAAAGACUUCCUAGGCCAGUGUAUGGACGUAUUUGCACACCAUGUUGUGCUGGACAGUCUGGGAUCGUGCACGCUGAUAGACAUACCAGGUUUUUAUACAUAUUACCUCAUGAGAAUGAUGUGA